AGCGGAGCGGCGGAGUGGCGUGGACCUCAUGUAGAAAUGACAACAAUGGAAGGGGCCAGCGGGUCGAGUUUUGGAAUAGACACGAUUUUGUCCAGUGCCAGUUCGGGCAGCCCCGGCUUGAUGAAUGGAGAUUUCCGCCCGCUCGGCGAGGCCAGGACCGCGGAUUUUAGGAGUCAGGCCACUCCGUCUCCCUGUUCGGAGAUUGAUACUGUAGGAACGGCGCCUUCCUCUCCUAUCUCGGUCGCCAUGGAGCCCCCGGAACCGCAUGUGAUAGCGGACGGCCCCCAGCAUCACCACCACCUCCACCACAGCCAACAGCCGCCGCCGCCGCCGCCGCCAGCCGCGGCCCCCACGCAAAGUUUGCAGCCUUCGCCGCAACCGCCGCCGCCGCAGCCACCCGCCCAGCAGCUGGGCUCGGCCGCCUCGGUCCCCAGGACUUCCACCUCUUCUUUUUUAAUUAAGGACAUCUUGGGCGACAGCAAACCUCUGGCGGCGUGUGCACCGUACAGCACCAGCGUCUCCUCUCCCCACCACACCCCGAAGCAGGAGAGCAACGCAGCACACGAGAGCUUCAGGCCAAAGCUCGAGCAGGAGGACAGCAAAACCAAACUCGACAAGCGGGAAGAGUCCCAGAGCGACAUCAAAUGCCACGGAACAAAGGAGGAAGGAGACCGGGAGAUUACCAGUAGCCGAGAGAGUCCCCCUGUGAGAGCCAAAAAACCUCGCAAAGCCAGGACAGCUUUCUCCGACCACCAACUCAAUCAACUGGAGCGUAGCUUUGAGCGACAGAAGUACCUGAGUGUGCAGGACCGCAUGGACCUGGCAGCUGCGCUCAAUCUCACUGACACCCAGGUCAAGACCUGGUACCAGAACCGCAGGACCAAGUGGAAGCGGCAGACUGCGGUGGGCCUGGAGCUGCUGGCCGAGGCAGGGAAUUACUCGGCACUGCAGAGGAUGUUUCCGUCGCCUUAUUUCUACCACCCAAGCUUGCUGGGCAGCAUGGACAGUACUACCGCCGCGGCGGCCGCCGCCGCCAUGUACAGCAGCAUGUACCGGACUCCUCCUGCACCCCAUCCCCAGCUGCAGCGGCCCCUGGUGCCCCGAGUGCUCAUCCACGGCCUGGGGCCUGGGGGACAGCCGGCCCUCAAUCCCCUGUCCAACCCCAUCCCAGGCACCCCGCAUCCCCGGUGAAGAGCAAGUCACUGUCCCUCCCUGUCCCCUCCCCGACCCGGACAGCUGCCCCUCCUCUCCCGGCACCAGGCUGUCCGGCCUCCCUUGCAGCCAACCGGGAAGCAAAGAAGUAAGAGAGGAAGACACUCACCAGCGGGUGGAGGGGGGGCCCUCCACUCUCCAUCUCCCCACCCCCAGAGACAGGGCUGGAAAGCUCCCGCACAGGAGUGUGACUGGCGAAAACGCCGACUCCACACAAAGUGCGACCAGUAAGUGAAAACA